CACAGAUAUUUUUCUCAGCUUUGUUUAAUAAUGAUCAAAUUACAGUAACAAUGCUCUUGUAGUUUUCUCAGGUGAAAAAGCCCUUUGUUUUCUAAAUUUUUUUCUUGAUUCCACGGAAUAACUUCAUCGCUGGAGAUGAUCGUAGUGAAAUUGUAGAGUAAAAUCAAGUUCGGAAUCGAACUCGGCGACAAGAAACGAUGUCGUCACCGGAGAUUGCUGGAAUCUUGGAGCACUCGAAGGAGCUCGAUCGGUUGAGGAAAGAGCAAGAGGACGUGCUGGUCGAGAUCAACAAGAUGCACAAGAAGCUCCAAGCUACUCCUGAGUUGGUUGAGAAGUCUGGGGAUAAUUCAUUAUCAAAGUUGAGACAUCUGUAUACUCUUGCAAAAGACCUGUCAGAGAAUGAAGUAACUGUCUCCAACUUGUUGUUAAGUCAACUUGAUGCUCUACUGCCUUCCGGACCUCCAGGGCAACCACGAAGAAGGAUAGAAGGCAGUGAUCAGAAAAGGAAAAGAAUGAAGACUGAUUCAGAAAUUUCGAGGAUACCCACUAAUGUGCGAAGCCAACUUGAGGCUUAUGCAAGUUUAAAGGGUGAACAGGUGGCAGCUAAAGUCACACCAGAUGAUGCUGAUAAGGACGAGUGGUUUGUUGUAAAAGUUUUGCAUUUUGAUAAGGAGACAAGAGAAUUUGAAGUACUAGAUGAGGAACCGGGUGAUGAUGAUGAGGGUGGUGGGCAAAGAAAGUACAAGCUUCCCGUCUCAAGUAUUAUUCCUUUCCCCAAGAGAAAUGAUCCUUCUAGUGCCACAGACUUCCCUCCUCGAAGCCAAGUCUUGGCUGUCUAUCCCGGAACAACUGCACUUUAUAAGGCAACAGUUGUCAAUGGCCAUCGCAAGAGGAAGCUGGAGGAUUAUAUACUGGAAUUUGACGAUGAUGAGGAAGAGGGAGCCUUGCCUCAAAGGGUAGUACCCUUCCACAAGGUGGUUGCUCUGCCUGAUGGACAUCGUCAAUGAAUUCAUGCUGUUUAUAGCCUUGUAUAAAUCUAACCUGUUAUGUAGCAUUUUUAACCUGACCUUUAACGUGGCCUCUGUUUUUCUUAUGGUCAUUUGGAGAUGGUUUUGUAAUAUCUUCACUUUUUAUGUUAUAUAGCAUAUUUAUUCCUUCCA